AAAAGUCAAAGGCAGUGUGGGCCGGUACGCAAGAGCUGCCGUAAGAAUAACUUCUCCCGCCAUCAUCCAAAAAAUUCACAUAAAUAAACCAUUUCUGGAUCUCACCUCACCACUUUCCUCUUUACCCAGAAACAAACACAAUCCGAUCACACAAAUGGAGCUACCGGUGAUCGAUCUGCACCCGUAUUUAUCCGCCAAUCACUCCGGCGAUACACUAACCCCCGAAUUAAAAACAAUCUGCUCAGAAGUCAGCAAAACCCUAAGAGAAACCGGAGCAUUGCUCGUAAAAGAUCCAAGAUGCUCUGCUCAAGAUAACGAUCGCUUUAUUGAUAUGAUGGAGAGGUAUUUUCAACAGCCUGAUGAGUUUAAGCGUCUUCAGGAGCGUCCUAAUCUUCAUUAUCAGGUUGGUGUGACACCGGAAGGAGUUGAGGUUCCUCGUAGUUUAGUUGAUGAGGAAAUGCAAAAGAAGCUGAAAUCGUUACCGAAAGAAUGCCAACCGUUGACUCCAACAGGUCCGGAUCCAAAGUGGCGGUACAUGUGGAGAAUCGGUUCUCGACCAUCAACAACCAAGUUUCAGGAGCUGAACUCUGAGCCGGUUAUACCUGAGGGUUUUCCCGAAUGGAAAGAGACUAUGGAUUCAUGGGGUUCUAAAAUGGUGUCCGCUAUAGAGGCUGUUGCUGAGAUGGCAGCAAUUGGGUUCGGGCUACCAAAUGAUGCAUUCACUGGUCUAAUGAAGCAAGGCCCACAUCUUCUUGCUCCAACUGGGAGUGACCUUAAACGUCAUGGCAAAGAGGGGACUGUUUUUGCAGGAUACCAUUAUGACCUUAACUUUCUAACAAUUCAUGGUAGAAGUAGAUUUCCGGGUUUAAGUAUUUGGUUAAGGAAUGGGAAGAAAGUAGAAGUGAAAGUUCCAGUCGGGUGUCUACUUAUUCAGACCGGCAAACAGAUUGAAUGGUUGACUGCCGGUGAGUGUAUAGCUGGAAUGCAUGAGGUUGUGGUGAAUAACAGAACACUUGACGCAAUUAAAGCAGCAUCACAAGAAAACCGAAGCCUUUGGAGAGUAUCCUCAACGCUAUUUUCCCAUAUAGCGUCGGAUGCUGUGCUGAAACCCCUAGGCCAUUUCGCAGAAUCGCCUCUUGCUGAAAACUAUCCACCGAUUUGUGCUGGAGAGUUUGUAGAAAAAGAGCUUUCCGUCAUUAAUCUUAAAGGAAACAAAGGAGGGCUUCAAUAAGUCCUUCGGUGAAAAAAGGUGAACUGAUGAAGGAGGAAGAUCGGACGUAGAGAGCUGCUGGGUCUACGCGUAUACAGGAAUUGAAAAGAAUAAAGUGUGGUUUGUGGUGUGGCUCUAAAUAAAUCAAUUGUUAUGCAUCUAAUUUAAGGUUUAAGUAUCUAGUCUUAGUUUUUGUUAUUUAGAUUUAAAAGUUGGUUUGUGUCUGCUACUACUCUAAUUGUAUUAAAAUCUUUCAAUGCAACUCUUUUAGUUCUACCAAGUA